AUGGCUGAAGAGAAGGAGAUGGCCGGUGUGCCCGAGGGGCAAAAGCAAGGAUGGGGUCAAUUCUUGAAGUCCAUUGCCAACUUCUCUGGAGAUCUGUCUGCUAUGACUGCUCCCAGCUUCAUCUUGAGCCCUACCUCGCUGACUGAGUAUCCCAGCUACUGGGGAGAGAAUCCGGAUCUGUUCGCGGCUUGCAGCCAAGGACGGGAUGACGUCGAGCGGAUGGUGAACGUUCUUCGCUGGUUCAUCGGAACACUCAAGGGACAAUACACAGCCAGGAACGAGAAGAGCGGCAGUGAGAAGAAGCCUCUCAACCCAGUGCUCGGCGAGCAAUUCAUCGGAAAGUGGUCCGAUAAGGACGGCAGUGGUGAGACUGAGCUCAUCGCCGAGCAGGUGUCACACCAUCCACCCGUCACUGCGUAUUGGAUCCACAAUGCCAAAGCCGGCGUUACUCUGGAGGGUCACUCAGGUCAAAAGACGGCCUUCUCGGGGCGCUCCAUCAAUGUGAAGCAAGUGGGGCAUGCUACUUUGAGGGUGGCCAACUCGUCCGGUGCUGAGGAUCUGUACCUCAUCACAUUGCCCAAUUUGGUCAUCGAAGGACUGUGGUAUGGCUCUCCGUACCUGGAGCUUACUGGUUCCAGUCACAUCUGCAGCAGUACCGGAUACCUGGCCACCAUCAACUACACCGGAAAAGGGUACUUCUCGGGCAAGAGCCACUGUUUCAAGGCCACCGUUUCGCCCGUCUCCCAGCCAACCUCCGCUUUCUACACAAUGGAAGGUGAAUGGUCUGGAGUGUCGAAAUUCAAGGGCAAGUCGCCCAGUGGCUCAUCCAACUCCGUCUUCUGCGAUGCUAGCGCUCAGCGUCGUGAGGUCGAGGUGAAGCCGCUUGAGGAGCAAAGUGAGAGGGAGAGCAGGAAACUGUGGUGCAAGGUCGCUCAGGGCAUUCGCAGCGGUGACUACGAAACAGCCAGCAGGGAGAAGACUCGCAUCGAGAACGACCAGAGGCAGAAGAGGAAGGAUGAACAAGCUUCGUCGAAGCCACACCAGCUGGAACAUUUCGUCUACAUUGCUGAUGACAAGGAAUACGCCGCUCUGACCGACAAGUUCAAGGGUGCUCCAGCCAACCAAGAAGCCUAUCGCCGCAAGCCUCGCGUCCACUGA